UCUCAAGCCACAACGCUCGGUGAAACAUUUCUGUCUCUCUGGAGACACAGCUGAAGAAGCAGCACUAUCAUCAAUGGCGUCUCUGAGAUUGUUCUCCACGAAUCAUCAAUCUCUUCUGCUUCCGUCUUCGCUUUCACACAAUCCUCUAACGUCAUCGUCACCACGAUUCGUGAAAAACCCUAGCAGACGGAGUCCAAUACGAUCAGUUCUUCAGUUCAAUCGCAAACCGGAGCUCGCUGGAGAAACGCCGCGUAUCGUUGUUAUCACCUCCGGAAAAGGCGGAGUUGGAAAGACGACAACCACCGCAAAUGUUGGUCUCUCUCUCGCUCGUUAUGGUUUCUCAGUCGUUGCCAUUGACGCCGACCUUGGACUCCGAAACCUCGAUCUCCUCCUAGGGUUAGAGAAUCGUGUCAAUUACACCUGCGUCGAGGUUAUAAACGGAGAUUGCCGUCUCGAUCAAGCUCUGGUACGUGAUAAGCGUUGGUCGAAUUUCGAAUUGCUAUGUAUUUCGAAACCUAGAUCGAAACUUCCGAUGGGAUUUGGUGGCAAAGCAUUGGAAUGGCUUGUAGAUGCGUUGAAAACGAGACCGGAAGGUUCACCGGAUUUUAUCAUCAUUGAUUGCCCUGCAGGAAUCGAUGCCGGAUUCAUAACAGCCAUUACUCCGGCGAAUGAGGCAAUUCUUGUAACAACUCCUGAUAUAACAGCGUUGCGGGACGCCGAUAGGGUCACGGGUUUGCUAGAAUGCGAUGGAAUCCGGGAUAUUAAGAUGAUUGUGAACCGAGUAAGAACUGAUAUGAUCAGAGGAGAGGAUAUGAUGUCAGUGUUAGAUGUGCAGGAGAUGUUGGGGUUGUCAUUGCUCGGUGCGAUUCCUGAAGAUUCUGAGGUUAUUCGAAGCACGAAUCGGGGGUUUCCGCUUGUUCUGAACAAGCCUCCAACGCUUGCGGGAUUGGCAUUUGAGCAGGCAGCUUGGAGACUCGUGGAGCAAGAUAGUAUGAAGGCUGUUAUGGUCGAGGAAGAGCCUAAGAAACGCGGUUUCUUUUCUUUCUUUGGCGGCUAAAUGGAAUAUGAGUCGAAUCGAACUGAAUUGAACUUCCUCGGGUAUGUAUGCAUCGAAAUCUUUUGUACAGGAACUAGAUUUUCGAAGAUUUUGUCUCUUUUGCUUUGAGAAUUUAGAUUUGUUCGUAGGACAAUUGUGGAAUUCUACUGCUAGUUUGUUGCUGAGUUCAAGCGUUGAUUCUUAUGCCUUUUGUUUCUUGAAGGUUCUUGAUUUCUGUUUCUGUAAUCUGUUUAAGUAAAAUUGAUAUUUUCCAAUAUAUCUCAAGUUCUUGAUUUUUGUU